AGACUGAAAGAUGAAGAGGGCAAUGCCAUGGAGUGAUGAGGAGGACGAUUCCUCAUCCGAAGAAGAGUCCCAACCAUCACAAGUGAAAUCAGGGAAGCCAAAGAAGCUUGAUUUUGAAGCAUUGAAGAAGCACGGUUACAGAGGAGGGCCGUCUAUACUGAAGGUGCCUCCGCCGAAGGAGUCGGAUAAGGACCAGGACUGGUCUUGGUCCACCGGAGUGGAUCAGAAGGCGAAAAGUGGAGCUACCAAGGAGAAGGUGGUGGUGGAAGAAGAGAGCAAAGAAGAGCGAAGGAAGACGAGGGAGGCAUUGGCAGCCGGGGAGGAGUUGCAGUAUGCGCUGACCAGGAAGGAGAGGGAGAAGGAGAAGGAAAAGGAGAAGAAGACGUUUUCGCAGAAGGAGAAGAGGAAGAGGGAUCUUGGUCAGGCCAGCAGGGGGAAGAACUAUGUGGAAGAAGAGAAGAGGUUGCUCAGGGAGAAUGGUGUCUACUCUGGCUUUGAUGCUUAGAGACCAAGUUAUCUUGCUAUCUGCUGUUUCUAUUUAGAUAUUGUAAUGUGUUAAUGGGUUUCUUUCAUCAAUGUAUUUCUUGGUUUCGGAUUC